UCAAAUUCGGUUCAAUUACGGGCUCAGUUUGUCGAUAGACGAUUGCGAGGUAAAUAGUGUUUUCGAGUUACGGUGCUCUUGGUUUCUGGUUCGCGAGUGAGAUGAAUCGGAUGCUUUCCAAUUGAAGCGACGGACUUUUCAGUGGUGAAAAUUAGUUAUACUUAAAAUGUACCAGACUUCAAAACUAUGUUUAAAUGUGUUUGUGUGGAUAACAACAAUGAAUAUGACUGCAAGCUUGCUCGGAAAAAGUAUAUUAAAUGUUAAUUAGUUAAUGUUAUUUUUUAAAACUGAGACUUGAAUAGUUCAAAUAAAAGCGCAUGAUGACUCCCGAAUGGGAUAUAAAUGAUGCACACAUACCCUUUGUUCAGGAUAUUUCAUAUGAUAAAUUCAACGAUUGGGCAGAUGGUCACUGCCGUUAUAUCUAUCUCACAACGGACGACCAAGCACGGAAGCAUAUAUCUGGCUGGGCAAUGCGAAACACCAAUAAUCACAAUGUAAGCAUCCUGAAGAAAAGCUGUCUAGGAGUUCUUAUAUGUUCAGCACGUUGCUGCCUACCGAACGGGAGCCAAAUACAUCUACGCCCUGCAAUAUGUGAUAAAGCCCGCAGAAAGCAGCAAGGUCGAGCUUGCCCCAAUCGAAGUUGCAAAAAUGGUCGUUUAGAAAUAUUGCCCUGUCGAGGCCACUGCGGAUACCCGGUUACACAUUAUUGGCGGCACACGGAUAAAGCCAUCUUCUUUCAAGCCAAAGGAUGUCACGAUCACCCAAAGCCAGAAUCGAAAACGUCGGGAGAAACAAGGAAGCUAGUGGGCGUUUCAUCCAAAACCAAAGCCAAAAAAUUAUCCGUACUGCUGCUAAGAGAUGCAGCAUUGGGAAAUAAACUGAUGUCAUUGAAAAAUGCAGUCAAGCCUGCCAGUCAAGUUUCUGGAGAAAUUCUUCAACCUCCACCAUUGAUACCAGACUCUAACAUAGAUAAACAAAAAUGCCAAAUUUGUUGCAAAUUACAGUGUACUUGCAGAAGCACAAACGUAGCUUGUACGUUAUCAACCAAAAGUAGUGAUAUGUUGAACACGAAUAUUUUUCAUGACAAUGCCUAUGGAUGUACACAAUCGACGACAUGGUCUUGCUAUUCAAACGCACCGGGGAAUCAGAUAUACGACACAAAUAAUUGUACAAAUAGUCAAAACAUUGCCAGCUAUUCUUCGAAUAAUAUCGAAAGUUUUCAACCAGAUGAAAUAUUUCAACUAGACCAACCACUAAGAGCAAAUUUGCAGCAAACUGCCAAUUUGAAUCCACCCCCAACAACGCUUCUAGAUCUUGGUAGUGGCGCAAUUUAUAAAAAAUGUAAUCAGAUUACACCCGACUACUUCAUAGGAGGAAAUGGUAAUAUGUUUAGUGAUAGUUACUUAGGACAUACGGGAACAUGUUCCAGUAUUCCAUCAUAUGAUAGCAAACCUUCAAUACAAUCCACAAUUUAUUCCAACAAGUCGACAGGAUCGUCAGUCAGUCAUUUGCCGACUGUUUCUCAGUAUUCUUUAGAUAUAACAAAAACCAUCAAAAAAGAAUUUGGUUCUAAACCUUACGAUUGCAAUAAUGCUCAAAAGACACGAUAUGACUGUGAUAAUCAAAUAAACUUCAAGAAAACUAGUAAGAUCAUUGGCUCAACACACCUCAUGAACAACAACAGUAGCAGCUCUACCAUUCCAUAUGAAAGAACUCAGCAGAAUGUUUAUGGCUCAACUUGUGACGAGAUCAAUUACUGCUUCCAAAAUGAAUCGAGUACUUAUCAGCAUAGCUAUAGCGUCAACUACGUCCCCACCGGUGCAGAAUCAUCGAACGUAAGCAUAACGAACAUAUAUCCUGAGGAUUGCUACCGUUCUUCUGGAAAUACAUACGGAAGAUCUAACCAUCACAAUGCCGGAACUGGAACACACCUUCAACCAACGAAUUCGGAAGUUCCCAUUGCUCCGUAUGAUUUUUACUAGACCUAAUUAUUCUGGCACGAUUAAACUGCAAAAUGCAAUAA